UGAGUCCUUCACACAUGGAUCGCAUCGCGGAGUUCAGGAAAUGGAAGGUGCAAUGUUUAAGCAAAGCGGACCUCAGCCGGAAGGGCAGUGUGGACGAGGAUGUGGUAGAGCUUGUGCAGUUUCUGAACAUGCGAGAUCAAUUUUUUACCACCAGCUCCUGCGCUGGCCGCAUUCUCCUCCUUGACGGGGGUAUAAAUGGUUUUGAAGUUCAGAAACAAAACUGUUGCUGGCUACUGGUAACACACAAACCUUGUGUAAAAGAUGAUGUGAUUGUAGCUCUGAAGAAAGCAAAUGGUGAUGCCACUUUGAAAUUUGAACCAUUUGUUCUACAUGUGCAGUGUCGACAAUUACAGGAUGCACAGAUUCUGCAUUCCGUAGCAAUAGAUUCUGGUUUCAGGAACUCUGGCAUAACAGUGGGAAAGAGAGGAAAAACCAUGUUGGCUGUCCGGAGUACACAUGGCUUAGAAGUUCCAUUAAUUCAUAAGGGAAAACUGAUGGUGACAGAGGAAUAUAUUGACUUCCUGUUAAAUGUGGCAAAUCAAAAAAUGGAGGAAAACAAGAAAAGAAUCGAGAGGUUUUACAACUGCCUACAGCAUGCAUUGGAAAGGGAAACUAUGACUAACUUACAUCCCAAGAUCAAAGAGAAAAAUAACUCAUCAUAUACUUAUAAGAAACAAAGAAACCAAGAAAAAGCACGUAGCCAGUGUAUUACUAAAGAAAAUGUCAAAGAACUUGAAAAUGAUGAUGAUGAUGUAGGGAUCAAUAUUACCAUCUUCCCUGAAGACUACUGAGUUUUAGUUCUGGCAUGUCUUGGUUGUAAUAUUUCUAGUAGGUCUUAUAAAGCUCCUCUUUAUAAGAGUAUUUUAGUUAGUUGAGUGUAUCAGCCAUUCAGAAAAAUAAGAUGUAAUUUCUCUACAUUUUAGAGAAACCUAUCUUAUAAAAAUAGAUAGUUUUUAAAAAUAGCUUCGUGUGUUUGCUCAUUGAAUACUGCCUGUUUUAGUCAUGUAGAGAUUCAUUGCAAAAAUAAAACUGAUUUUUUAAUGCC